UAUCAGCUGUUCCUGCUGCUUGUUUUAUAAGUUGGACUAUUUUUUGAUAACUUAAAAAACAUAAUUAAUUGGGUAUGUUAAGGAACUUAGUGCGCAGCUUUGAGGCGGUACUUAAGCUGCAUCCAACCACAAACGUAGCUUCUUUGCACUGUAGCCGGCGCCUGCUCUUCUCACAAUAUGAAAACCAAGAAAAUCCAAGGAAAUCUCUGCUGACCAGCGCCACUUUGGGUGGCAACGAGGCGGAAAACGAUUAUGUGCCUUAUCGCCAGGAUCAGGAGACGGGCACUAAGGCCAGAGUGCUCCUCGAAACUUUGCGGGAACGUUUUCGCUUUACGGACGACGAGCUCCAGAGGAUCAUGAGUGACGAGCUUGUGCACCGCACCUAUAGAGGACGAUCGCUGACCUUGAUCCUGGAUAUGCUGCAACUAGAGGGGGUUAGCAGACGCAGCUUUGUGGAGUACCCCUGGCUACUGUCCUUAGAUAGCAAACGGCUGGAACUGAAGCUGCAGCUAAUAAAGUCGAUGGAAUAUAAGGACAUCAAUCACUUUGUGCCCUUUCUGCGCCUUACUGUGCCACGCCUUCGAAAACUCGUUGGCGCCCUCAAUUCCGAGAGGAACACGAUACCGCAGCAAAAUCGUGUGUACUACAUUAGCGAAAAGCUGCAGGUCAGUCCCGAAAUCGUAACCAAAUACCUUUCGAAGCGACUGUUUAUUUUGGAGAUGCCAUACGAGAUGUUCGAGAAAAACCUGCAGCACAUGAUCGACUACAAUGUGUCGCCGAUCAACGUCCUCAAGGAUCUCUGGGCUUUUCGGUAUACGCCAAAAUCGGUCCAGUUGCGUUUGGAGCGAGCCAAGCGAGCGAAGAAAGACAAAAUCAUGCCUUGGAUGGUGCGCUGUCCUGAGCCCAUACUACAACGCUCUCUGAAGCUUACCCUAGACGAGCUCAAGGUGUUGGGAGAGUUCUCCUCUGUGGUAGAGUACCUCGGUCAUCGUUUGGGCUUCAGCGCUAGUGAGACCAAAGUAAUCAUGGACAAACAUCCGCAGGUGCACACUGUGCGGGUCACUAAGAUAAAAGAGGUGCUAGACUACUUACUCGAUGAGGCCAAAUUCACAAGAUUUGAGAUCGCCCAAGUGCCUCGAAUUCUGUGCCACAGCCUGAAAACCACAAAGGCGCGUAUGGAGGAGCUAAAGUCCCAUGGCUGUCGACCUUCCUCCCUCGUCAUCGUCUGUCGCAGCCGAAGAGAGUACGAAAAGUUUUUGCAGAAUUGGAUAAGCCAGACAAGAAAUCCGCAGUCUGUUUCAGAACAGUAGUGUAUUGUAUUUUUCUAAAUACGGAGGUUGAACGAAUUGUUACCAACAUUUUUUAAAUGGAAAAGAAACUAUAGCCCUGUAAAAAGAUUGGAAUAAAAAACUAAAACUAACAUUUACAGUUAA